AUGCUGAUCGGUGUGGCACUGCUGGCAUCCGCCUCGCUCUGGUCGCGCUCGCCGCCGUCCGCUCCCUCGCUGGCCGGGCUGGCCGAGGAGUUUACGUCUCCCUCGCCGGCCGGGCUGGCUGAGGAGAAGACGGCACCGGGCGUGUAUUUCGAGGGCCUCACCUUCUCGACUGGCGGAGAGAAGGGGAAGACUAUUCUCCACGGGUGCUCGGGCGAAGCGGCGCCGGGCCGUAUGCUCGCCAUCAUGGGGCCAUCGGGCAGCGGCAAGACGACCCUUCUCAACGCGCUCGCCGGCCAGCUCAAGGCAGGGCCAAAGGCAACGCUCACCGGAAGGCUCACCGUCGGUGGCGAUUUGUGCGGAGGUGCCGGCGAGGUGUCGGGCCUUCGCGUGGCGUACGUGCGGCAGGAGGACGUCUUCUACACGCAGAUGACGGCGCCUUCUUCCCUGCCGCGCGCCUCUGCGCCUCUUCACGCCAAUCGCCUCAUGCACCCCUCCCCUGCCGCCGCCAGGCUCGACCUCGGACGCGCCGCAGACACCAUCGUCGGCGACGGCAAGCGGCGCGGCAUCUCUGGCGGCGGCGGUACUCUGUCCGGGCGCGGCAUCUCUGGCGGCGAGCGGAAGCGGCUCGCCAUCGGGUGCGAGCUGCUCUCGGAUCCUCGGCUUCUCUUCCUCGACGAGCCAACCUCCGGCCUGGACGCCUUUGCCGCGCAGCAGGUGGUCACGUCGCUCCGGCGGCUCGCCUCCGAGGGCACCACCGUCCUCCUGAGCAUCCACCAGCCCCGAGGCUCCAUCUUUGCCCUCUUCGACGACCUGCUGCUCCUCUCGCGAGGCACAGUCAUGUACUGCGGCGCCGCCGCCUCCGCCGCCUCCCACUUCGCCCAGCUCGGCCACAAGUGCCCCGCCGGCAUCUCCGCCGCAGAGCACGUCGUCGACAUCAUCUCGACGGGCUAUGAGCCCGCCGCCGCCGCCGACCGCCUCGGCUCGUUCGAACGCGCCGCCGCCGCCGCCGCCCGCACCGCCGCCCGCCGCCGCGCCGGCGGCGGCGGCGGCGCCCUCGCCGUCGGCGCUCGGCAUGCCGGACGAGCGGUAGGGAGGGCGGGGAGGGUGGCGGGGCGCGCCGCCGCGUCGGGCGCGACGCAGUUUGGCCUGCUGCUGCGGCGCGCGUGGCGCGAGGUCGCGCGCUCGCGAGGAGCGCUCGCGAUCAAGGUGGUGCAGCAGCUGAUGAUCGCCGUCAUCUACGGCGGAGCCGCGUGGGCGUCAACGCGCCGCGUGUACACUCGCAGCGCGCUCGGCCUCUUCAUCGGCGCCGUCGCCCCGACGACCGACACGGCGCUCGCGCUCUUCCCGCCCUUCCUCGUGCUGAUGAUCGUGUUUAACGGCUUCAACAUCGCCGAGGAGAGCACGCCCCGCGCACUGCGCUGGAUUCCAAAGGUGUCCUUCAUCCGCUGGUGCUCCGAGGGCCUCGCCGUCAACGAGUUCAGCGGCCUCCGCUUCUCGUGCAAGGGCGCGCGCGGGCCGUGCUGCGAGACAGGCGAGCAGGCGCUCGAGCGCGUCUCGUUUGGGGGCUCGACGGUGCGCGGUGCGGCGGUCGCGCAGGCCAAGCUGGUGGGAGGCCUCUACGUGGCGACCUUGCUGGUGCUGCGGCGCAGCUCUCCCAAGUUUCUGCGCGUCGAGCCAUGUCAGGCCUAGAUUUGUACCGACUGCCAGCCCAGUGAGGUGCCAGGUGGCGCUUACCACUGAAAAGGAGGUUUUUUUGGAGCCC